UAGCCAUUCAAGGGGCGAAAACACUUGAGGAGUGUUAUGUGCAGCCAAUCGUUAGCACAACCCCGCAAGACUACAACAAGGCUGGAAGUGGGAGGGAGGACUCGGGAAGCAAAACAUGGCGAAAUAACAAGUUUGGCUGUUAGCUGCAGUUUGAAAUUGCACCUUACCUAAAGUGUUGGACUACGGUUUCAAGUUCAUAAAAUUUGGAGGCUGGAGAAUGAAUGCAACGCUUAACUUUAAAUAGUCGAGGGCCCGAGCUUACAAGUAUUACGGUGGCUGGUGAGAACAUAGUGCCUGCCUGUCUGCCUGUGUUUUCCCCGGAAGGUUGGCAGUGCUAGGCGCGACUGUCAACACAGAAAAUGGAUGAAGACGGAAAGUUUCUUCUGGAAAAGACUAUUUAGCCUGCUAGCUUAGCUACGUUUGCUAACCAGUUAACGUAGAUCACGCGCACCUGACUGGGUGUUCGGAAUAUCGUGCGCUCUUACCGAUAUUGAGGAUUAUUAAAGUCGUGUUAACAAGUUUGACAACUGCAGUCACAAAGAAUCGUAUUUCCAACGAAACAGUUAUUUUCAUUUUCCGUACUUAUUCUGCAGUAAUAAUCUGGAAGGACAUAUAUUUAAGGCAAAUAAUGACCGCCUGACGGUUGGUUCUGGUGCGGUGCGGACGGACCCGGACGCCAUCACAUCAGACGUUGCGUUCUCUUAAAAACAACCCUUGCUUUGCUAAGCCGUAAAUGUUAUUUAUACUUUAUCGGCGUUACAAGGAAUGUUUCAGUGGCACACCAGACAUAUCUGGGAGUUUUUUCUGCGACAAGCAACGUUUUAUUAAUAUAACAUUUGCUGGGAUGUUGUACAGCAGCAAAGACGCGGCGUCUUGUCAAAAUGAACGCAGCAAGGUGUUCAACAACAGUGAAGGUGCAUCGCAUUGAAAACCUGUCAGUUGCUAGAAUGGUACCGAUGGUCGGCUAACGGUGACAUUGCCAGUUUGUUGAAAUCUCUUAUUUUAAGUUGAAUGUGUUUUGUGUCGGGCAUUGCAACCAGCAUUUCUGGAAAACAACUGCGGAUACCAUAGCUGUCGGCCAGAGUUGACGUGAGCUAGCCAGCUGGGUGCGUCUGUGGCAGCUCUAUCUGCGAUGUUUUUGUCAAUCUAAGUGUUACCGCGUUGUUCCGCAACAGUUUUAACACACUGAGCACCCAGUUUGCUUUAUUUUCUAUAUAGAUAAGCCAGUUCAAGCUCGUUAUAACAACACCUUUCCCCAAGUAGUUCUUAUCUUGUAACUGGCUAACUUGUUAGCUAACGUUUCAAGUUUCGCCAGCUAUGUCUGAAAACGCCCCCACACGAAGCCUGGAUGACAUAGACCUCGCAGCUCUGAGGGAUCCAGCAGGAAUCUUUGAGCUGGUCGAGGUCGUUGGCAAUGGGACAUAUGGGCAGGUAUACAAGGGCCGUCACGUGAAGACGGGCCAGCUUGCUGCCAUCAAAGUCAUGGAUGUUACGGAGGAGGAGGAAGAGGAGAUCAAAGCAGAAAUCAACAUGCUGAAAAAAUACAGCCACCAUCGCAACAUAGCCACAUACUAUGGUGCCUUUGUUAAGAAGAGUCCACCAGGACAUGAUGACCAACUUUGGCUGGUGAUGGAGUUUUGUGGUGCGGGAUCAGUGACAGACCUGGUGAAAAACACUAAGGGCAGCUCUCUAAAAGAGGACUGGAUUGCUUACAUCUGCAGAGAGAUCCUAAGGGGCCUUUCUCACCUACAUGCCCAUAAAGUUAUCCACAGAGAUAUCAAGGGCCAGAAUGUGCUGCUGACAGAGAAUGCAGAGGUCAAACUUGUUGACUUUGGGGUGAGUGCUCAGUUGGACAGGACUGUUGGCCGUAGGAACACCUUCAUCGGCACACCUUACUGGAUGGCACCUGAGGUUAUUGCCUGUGAUGAGAAUCCUGACUCCACCUACGACUACAGGAGUGAUAUCUGGUCCUUGGGGAUCACAGCCAUUGAGAUGGCAGAAGGAGCUCCACCCUUGUGUGACAUGCACCCGAUGAGGGCCCUCUUCCUGAUUCCCAGGAAUCCCCCUCCAAAACUUAAGUCCAAAAAAUGGUCCAAGAAAUUCAUUGACUUUAUAGAGGGCUGCCUUGUGAAGACAUAUCCCAGCCGACCAUCCACAGAACAGCUGCUCAAGCACUCCUUUAUCAGAGACCAGCCCACCGAGCGCCAAGUCCGAAUCCAGCUCAAAGACCAUAUUGACCGUACACGCAAGAAAAGGGGAGAGAAGGAAGAGACAGAGUAUGAGUACAGUGGUAGCGAUGAAGAAGAUGAAAAUCGUGGCGAUGACCGAGAGUCAAGUUCAAUCCUCAAUGUCCCUGGUGAGUCCACCCUGAGGCGGGACUUCCAGCGUCUGCAGCAGGAGAACAAAGAGCGCUCGGAGGCUCACAAGAGGCAGCAGGCCCAACUGGCUGCUCAGCGCAGGGACCCUGAGGAACACAAGAGACAACUGUUGCAUGACCGGCAGAAACGCAUUGAAGAACAGAAGGAACAGCGUCGGCGACUUGAAGAGCAACAGAGAAAAGAGCGAGAGAUGGUGAGGCAGCAAGAAAAAGGUCCCCAUCGGAGACUUGACGAUAUGAGACGAGAGGAAGAUAGAAGGUUGGCUGAGAGAGAGCAGGAGUUUAUCAGGCAUAAGUUAGAAGAAGAGCAGCGCCAGUUAGAAAUUCUUCAGCAGCAGUUGCUUCAGGAGCAAGCACUGCUUAUGGAGUAUAAGCGCAAGCAGCUAGAGGAACAACGUCAGUCAGAGCGGCUGCAGAGGCAGCUACAGCAGGAACAUGCCUACCUGGUGUCUCUGCAGCAGCAACAAGAAAAGAAGCCCCAGCUCUACCACUAUAACAAAAACUUGGAGCCAAACAACAAACCUACUUGGGCCCGUGAGGUGGAAGAGCGAAGUAAACUCAACAGACAGGGCUCACCCAAAAUCUGCACUACGGUCUCCGACACUGCCAUCCAGUCGCGCUCUGACUCAAUCAGCCAAUCAGGAGUGGUCCAGUCUGCUCAGACCCCACCCAUGCAAAGGCCUGUUGAACCCCAAGGAGGCCAAGGAAAGUUCCAGAUGGCUCACUUGGUUCCACUGAAGCCUUAUGCUGCCCCUGUCCCUCGCUCUCAGUCCCUCUGUGACCAGCCCACUAAGACCAUGUCCGCCUUCCCCACCCAGGAUCCCUCCCUUACCCCCACACCCCGCCCCAUGCACUCUAGAGAGCUGGUGCGUCAAAACUCAGACCCCACAUCUGAAACCCCGGCACCACAGGCACACCAAAUCAGAGAGGAUCGUGGCCCUUGGAUCCGCCUGCCAGAUGUGGAACUCCCACCCAAGAUUCCCCAGAGGACAGCUUCUAUUGCCACAGCUCUCAACACCAACCUCACCUCUGGCAUAAGACAUCCAGUAAGAGCCAGCAAUCCAGAUCUCAGCCGCAAUGAUCGCUGGGAGAGAGGAGACAGUAUGAGCAUCAUAUCCAAUCUGCCCCAGACUGGCUCUCUAGAGAGGCAUCGCAUCCUCAGUUCCUCCAAAAUGGAUUCGCCCAUUCUCUCCCAUGAUAGUCGUCACAAGCCAGGGGAGUCUCGCACCUCCUCUCGCCCUGGGCGCCCUGCUGAUCAUGGACUCUUUGCCAAGGAGCGCGCUGAGGAGCAGCCGAGGCCUCCUGUCAAGGCCAAUGAUUACUCUUCCUCUUCGGAGAGCAGCGAGAGCAGUGAGGAGAGCGAGAGUGGCGAGGGAGCAGAGGAGGAAGAAAGCCCCACAGAUCGUCACAGGGAUGCAGACACUGACUCAGUCAACACCAUGGUGGUUCAUGAAGAUGAAGGCGAGGGGGGAGAGGCAGAGCAAGCUGGAGGCUACGGAGAUCAGACCAUGCUGGUGCAGAGAACCCCAGAGAAGCGGAGCCAUAAUGGGUACACUAACUUGCCAGAUGUGGUUCAGCCCUCCCACUCUCCCACUGAUUCAGCUACUCACUCUUCCCCUGGGAAGGACUCUGUUUAUGAUUAUCAGUCCAGAGGUUUGGUUAAAGCAUCUGGCAAGUCAUCCUUCACCACCUUUGUGGAUCUGGGCAUGUACCAGUCACCAGGAGGUCCAGAGGAUAACAUGUCAGUCACUGGCUCCAGGUUUGAGCAGCUCAAGAUGGAGGUGAGGAAAGGUUCCAUGGUGAAUGUCAAUCCCACCAACACACGUCCCCCCAAUGAUACACCUGAGAUCCGCAAGUACAAGAAGAGGUUCAACUCUGAGAUCCUAUGUGCAGCACUCUGGGGUGUGAACCUCUUGGUGGGCACAGAGAAUGGUUUGAAGCUGCUGGACCGCAGUGGUCAGGGCAAGGUUUACCCCCUCAUCAACUCCCGCAGGUUCCAACAGAUGGACGUCCUGGAGGGUCUGAACCUGCUCAUCACCAUAUCAGGCAAGAAAAACAAGGUGCGUGUCUACUACCUGGCCUGGCUCAGGAACAAGAUCCUCCACAAUGACCCCGAGGUGGAGAAGAAGCAAGGCUGGACCACUGUGGGGGAGAUGGAGGGCUGUGUGCACUACAAAGUUGUGAAAUAUGAGAGGAUAAAGUUCCUAGUGAUUGCUUUGAAGAAUGCUGUGGAAGUCUAUGCUUGGGCACCGAAACCUUAUCACAAAUUCAUGGCCUUCAAGUCUUUUGCAGACCUGCCACACAGGCCUGUCCUGGUCGACCUGACAGUGGAGGAGGGUCAGAGGUUGAAGGUCAUCUACGGUUCGUGUGCUGGAUUUCAUGCCAUUGACGUGGACUCCGGAAACAACUAUGACAUUUAUAUCCCCGUUCAUAUCCAGAGCCAUGUGACACCUCAUGCAAUUGUGUUCCUGCCCAGCUCAGAUGGCAUGGAGAUGCUUCUGUGCUAUGAGGAUGAAGGUGUCUACGUCAACACCUACGGACGCAUCAUCAAGGACGUGGUCCUGCAGUGGGGCGAGAUGCCCACAUCUGUUGCUCAUAUCUGCUCAAAUCAGAUCAUGGGAUGGGGAGAAAAGGCCAUCGAGAUUCGUUCUGUGGAGACUGGCCACCUGGAUGGUGUCUUCAUGCACAAAAGAGCUCAGAGACUGAAGUUCCUUUGUGAGAGAAAUGACAAGGUUUUCUUUGCAUCAGUGCGCUCUGGAGGCAGCAGUCAGGUGUACUUCAUGACCUUGAACAGGAACUGCAUCAUGAACUGGUGAAGGAACAGCUGCUCUGGUCAGUGUGUAGAACCCAGCAGGGUUUGGAGAAUGAAGUGCAUCUGAAAUUCUUACAAAACGCAUGCACUCAGAUGUGAACAGCUCCCUGUCUCUCUUACUCACGCUCCAAGACACACACACACACACACACACACACACACACACACACACACACACACACACACACAAACUAUCACAGACAAACACACAUACAAAAACAAUCUCUAAAUCCAAUCCAUUCCAGCCCACACUCCCUAACUCACAGUUUCUAUCAAGGCCCCCCUGAUAUGUUCUCCCUUGAAUCACUGAUGAGCUUCAAAUGUUAAUACCGUUUAUUAAUUUGUACUGUAUAUAUUCUUGUCUUGAUUUACUUUACUUGGUGGACCUGUGUUCAGUCGUGACAAUUUAGUUUCUGAUCGUGAAGUAUGUUAUAAACAUUCCUUGAUGGUUCUACAAUAGGUUUUGAAGAAGGCAUUAUUUACCUAUACUGUAUGUUGAAAUGAAGCUGUAAAUAGGUAGCAUUUAGAAUCAUUUGCAGGCCUCUCACAUAGCCUCCAUUCAGUGUGUUGCCUCUGGACACACGGACAUCAAAUAAUAAAAUGCUGGAAUGUCCAUCUGCAGUGGGCCCCACCCCACUCCCAAACUCCUCCCCAUUAUUUUGGGACUCGCACAAUUUCAGGGAGGCUUAAAAGAAAGAUUUAGUACAUUACAAAGGGACACUGAAGUCAGGACAAAGUAGCUUGUUCAAAUAUUUUCAGUUAUCUGUAGUAGACCGAAACCUGAAGUCCUGCUUUCACUAACUUUUUUUCUGGCGUCAGUGGCAGAUGUUGUUGCCAUUCUCUUAAUCAUGGCAAGUAGCCUUGAUUGCUUCAAAAGCAAAAUAAAUUUCAGUCUGAAAACAAAUAAAUAAUGAAAACCAAUCGGAGGUCUCAUUAAUGUCCAGUACACAUAAUCAGUACUGUGAAAUCCUGCUUUGCCUUGUUUUUUCUAUGGUUUAAGUGAAACCAUCAGGCUUGUAUCUAAACUUUUUGUUUUCAUAGAUUUACAAAAUACAAAAAAUUUGUUAUUUAUAUGUAGUGAUUCUGUAUCGGUAUUAGCCUACUGGUAUCCUUAAUUUUACUGUAAUUAUAUUGCUAUUAUACUGCAAUAUAUGCUAUUCUCGUGGAGUCUUUGUUCUAAGAGGGGAGUUGAGUAUUUGGCUGGUAGUGUCAGGGAGUAUGAUGACAACGUUAUGAGGAUGUGAGAACGUAGAAGGAGGGCCUCUCUGAGAUUAUAGUGAUUAAGGGAGAUCACUUUUGGGGGGCUUUCAGCCUCCUACUGCAGUGAUCUACUCUACUGUAUUAUAUUUCAGUUCUUAGGUUUUUUCACUGGUGUGGAUCUUUUUUGUGAGAAGUGUUUGUCCAUGGGAUUGGAACAGCUCAUAGUGGGGAACAGUUCAUAUUUGUCUUAGACCAGUGGAAAAAUUUAAUGGAAAAUGACUCUGCAAUACCACAGAAGGCUCCAUCUCAUCAGGCACUUUGAAGAAAACGCUGGAAAACAUGAGACUUAAUAUAUUUUAUAUCUCUACAUUCUGCCAAAGUUCACAGUAUAUUCUGCAACGGAGGUAUUAAUUAAGUCCAAAGGGCAAUGGAGCUUAAAUGGUGAUGGUAUAGAGAUUUGACAAACUUUCCCCAUAGAUCACUAACCAAUGUUCCUUUCACAUCCAGAAAAAUCAGCUGACAUCUCACCAAUACUGCGGUAUCGUGCUCUAUUAGCUGCGUGGGAUAUUUCCUUUAGAUCUUCAGUCUGUGUUUGUUAGUAGUGCACAUGUUUUUCUCCUUUUAGGGGAAUUUACUGUCUGCUUUGUUUAGGAGGCUGCAUGUAGGAGAUACUACGUGCUGUCAGACACCAGGCAGUGUCAGGCAGCUUCAAGAAGUAGCUCUGAUUAUCUGUCAGCAGUGUGUAGGUCAACAGCUGAUUCAGUCACAUACGGCAACAUCGACAGGUUUGCUAUUCACACGUGGACAUUUUAAAUUCCAGCAACUUCAAAGUUCUUUGCUCCUGUCAUGCAUCUUGUCAGCAUGAAAUGGUAAGGGAAAUUUGGAACUUUUUCAGUAAGUUAAUUCAUCUACUUAGAAGAAAAAGCUGACAUGUUGAUGUUAAGAGACUCUAGUUGUAUUUUUUUUUUUUUUUUUGUGCAAACUGCAAAUAUGGAAAGCUUUUAUUUAUUAUGAAAGGAAUCUUGGCUUGUGAUCAAUGGGAUGAUCUGCUAAAAAUCACUUUUUAAGUUAACGCGGUAUAUUUUAUACUGUCAAAAAGAAAGCUAUUAAAAAUACAGUAUAUGGUCAGGGCAAAGAGCGUGUAAUUAAAGAUUAUAUAAAUAGAUGGUUAAUUUUAUGGUGAGAUUAUAAUACAGACUGUAAAUGGGCAUGGAAAGCACUUUCAGUAAACGUACAUUUACAGAUAUAUCUUGAGCAGAUACUUUGGUGUGCAUGUAAGCCAUUGAAAUAGAGUAUAUAGUACUGUAUCAAAGUUUUUUUCCCCUCUAGUGAAUGUGUUUUUAUUCUUAAAUAUCUGUUGUGUGCCAUGACCUACAUUUCAAAUGUCACAAUUACAGUCCACAAGGAGCUCUGGCACUCAUGCUUUUUACGGUCAAUUUUUUUUUUUUUUUUUUUUAUCAAUCUGCCAUGUUUACAGUUUAAGCAGUGCCUUGGAGUUGGGAAGGCGAGAGGUUUAUGGAUGCGUUUUGAGCCCCCCACCCCCUACUUGUCUCUUUCUUGAAAUCUCAUUAAGAAGAGGCACAACUAUAUUUGCUCCCAUUUUAUGAUUUAUGUCCUGUGCCAGUUAAGUGCACUUAAGUCAAAUCCAGAAUAUCCUGUAGAUGGACUUGAAAUGCUUUUUUGGCACUUAUAUAACCUGGAAUGAUCCAACAGACGCUAAUCCCUUCAGAAGGUUGCAAUAACAAAUAAGUUAUUACAUGUCCAAUUAAUUCAAUGUAACAUGUAAAGGAUCCACUGACAGUGGAGGCCAGCGUAGAGAAAAGCCAUACGUUUGAAAUGUGUGUGUAGAAAAAACUUAGUACAGGUCUGUGAUGUAGGGUCUUGCAGCAAAAAUGAGACGAGCUCUUAUUCUUUAAUGAUGUCGAUUGUGUGAUCUUGUAGUGGGGAAAAUAGCUUGGUAUAUUCUGAGAAGCCUAUUUUAUAACAUAUGUAAAUUAGUCUAUAUUGAGAAAUAAAAGUGAAUGUAGAUCUAUAAGACAGAUUUGUAUUUAUAUAAAAAUGUGUACCGCUCUAUUAAUCAAAGCACAAUGUAUUUUAAGGCAAAGAGAUCAAAGCUAUGAGUGUAACAGAGAGGUGGAGGUUUCUUUCUUCAUUCGCUCAGUAAUUAUACCACUCAUCAGUAUGUAAUCAGUCUAAGUCAUUGGUUAUAGUGAAUCGAGUAGUCCGCCGAAACAGCUGUCUGUCAUUAGACAGUGUCAGUUAGUGCAACUUUUCAGUGAUCUAGACAGAAACAUAAUGUCUGUCUUGCUGUUCCCAUAACAGUCAACUGUGGCUAUGAUUCAGACACUUGUGGUGACUCACACAGAUUGCGUUUGAUCUGACCUUGGUUGAAGAUUGCCUACGUGCGUUUGACAGGCUGUUAAUAUGCUCAGGUGACGACAGGGAUCAUCACACAGGUGGUGUGGCACUGAUGUUAGUGGCCCUUGUGAGGUUAUUGGCUCUUGGCAUUAGGCUUGUGUGCAUCUAUUUAUAAGUGACAGCUACAAAAUGUAAAGACAGUUAGUCAGCUAUCGUUUUGUUUUUGUCACCACCAUGUUAACUCUGUAACAUGGUUAGACUCACAAUGGGCAAACACACACAAAAACCGGCUCCUACGCACAAUGCAACUCAACUGCUGAUGGCAUUCAUUUGAGAGAUUAGUUUCUAGCACAAAUCAGGAACGGGUUACAGAGGUGCGCACUUCUUUGUAACUCCACACUAAAUUUUUUGUUGUCUUUAUCUCUAAUCAAAGAUGGCUAAAGUGAGGUUUUAUACUGCUGUUUUUUUCCCCAUAUCCAGUAGUUCACCCCAACACCUAUAAACUUUGAUGAGCAAAAUCAGUGGAGUACACAGGAGAUUAUUACAUCGAAUAAAAAAUACUGUAACUUCAUAUUUAUGCACUCAUCCUUACUGAUUUGUGUCGACAGUUGCUGAUAUCAGUGCUUGUAGAUUUGACUUGAUAAGAACAGAUGUGUGUAUUAGAAGAACACCCUCCUUUUACUAAUUUAAUAAAAUUGAUCUCAAAGCCUCUCUGCUUCUAUUUUUUGGGUGCGGAAGUACAGAAAGUCAUCAACUUGGUUGAGGCAGUCAUUUCCAAAUAUUAAGCUUUAAUUAUUUAAUUUAAUGCAGCACACAUUCUUAUCAUAGGUUGUUUGUAGCACUGAAGAGUAGUUUUGGUUGUUGAUUUCCCCCAAAAGUACCUUAAGAUGUCAAAGUCCAAUUUUGUUUUGUGCCAAGAGCCAUUCAAGUGCAUGAACCUCACAACUCCUUAGUUGUAAGACAACUUUGUGUCUUGUGCCAGAAACAUGAACACGUUUGUUGGCUUAAUUCAUGUAACUCGGCACAAAGAUUGUCAUCAGAAAAAAUGGGGCACCACCGAGUUUUAGGUGUAGCGCUGAAGGUGUUUCAGAAGCAAUACAAGCAUUUGAAUAAGUCAAAACCGUGGCUGUCCACCUUAGUGGGACUUGCAGGAGGAGAUUCUUCAGUGGCCUUCAGCGGGCUGAAUGUAGGCUGGUUUGUGUGUCGCUUGUUCGAGAAGUUGUUCUGUACCCUUUUGUUUGUAAUCCCAAGAAAUAACUGCUUCUCUCUGUCAGUUUAACACACUCGCCUGUUGGGAUGCUUGUUCUCGUUUUGCUGUAAUGAAAUCCCAGAAACUGCCUUUAUGAACUAUCGAUAAAUGGAUGUUAAAUAAUAAUUUGACGAGGCACUCCUCUCUUUUAGCUUACAUGUCUAAUCUGAUGUAUGUGUGGAAUAGCAGCUGGUACUGGGAGUGAGGCAGAUCAAACUUGGGGAGCUCUAAAACGACAUGGAUCUUUGGUCAGAACUACAAUAUCUAUUAUUCUUUUUCAAUAACUUUUUUUUUUUUAAAGACGGUAAACAUCUUUGCAAUGUUUUAGUGUGUGUGCGGGCGUCUGUGUUACUUGUGAGAGGUUAACUCCAGAUUGUAUUUCAUAGACUGAUAAACUUUAAACUUUCAAAAGAUUGUGUUGAAUGAAUUCAUGUCUUAAUACAGAAUUGUUUGAAAAAUAAAAUACCUUGAUCUCA